AUGGCUGCACUGACCUUUAGUCCAUCGCCGCCGCCGCCGCUGCCCAAAAAUGGAGUCCGAAACGAAAAUAGCAGCAAGGAGAAUCCCAACGCCAACGCCAACGCCAAUUCCAAUUCCAACUCCAAUUCCAACAAUUCCCGCUCGGCAGUUACCCCACUCGGUGAUAGCAAAGCCUUUGGCAAGAUCACCGUGCACAAUGUGCUCAGCGAGAGUGGAGCCAACACGCUACUUCAGCAGCAUUUCAACAAUCAGAACACAAUUAUACGCAAAAUUAAGGACUUUGGCAUGCUGGGAGCUGCAGCAGCUGCAACGGCGGCAACAACAACGUCGACGGCAUUGAACAGUGCUGCAACAAUCAAUCGAAAGCGCCCGCUGAACGCCAAUAAGUCGCACAAUGAGGAGAACAAAGAGCAAACAUUGACUCAACUCAAGCGCAGCAAGCUAAGCAAAAAGACUUCGAAGUCGAGUCAACAGCUGGAGAAGAAGCAACAGCAGCAGCAGCAACAACAGCAGCAGCAGCAGCAGCAAGAGGAGCUGGAGCUGGUGCAUCGAGUGGCGGGCACACCGGGUCGCAAAGGCUUACCACUGCCGCAGGCCGUGGCCCGACGCAACGCCAGGGAACGCAAUCGCGUCAAGCAGGUGAACAACGGCUUUGCAGCGCUCAGGGAACGCAUCCCAGACGAAGUAUCCGAGGCAUUCGAGGCACAGGGCGCUGGACGUGGUGCUAGCAAAAAGCUAUCCAAGGUGGAAACAUUACGCAUGGCUGUCGAGUACAUACGCAGCUUGGAGAAGCUGCUCGGCUUCGAUUUUCCGCCGCUCGGCUGCCAUUCGAAUAGCUCGUCCAGUGGCGAUGAUAGUUUCAUGUUCAUCAAGGAUGAAUUCGAUGGACUCGACGAACAUUUCGAUGAUUCGCUAAGCAACUACGAAAUGGAGGAGCAGCAACAGCAGCAGCAGCAACAACUGCCACAGCAGCAACAGCAGCAGCAGCAGCAAUUAUUGCUGCAACAGCAACAGCAACAAGAGCAGCAAUUGCUGCUGCUGCCAAAUGUGACCACGUUGAAUGGCUUGCAAUAUAUAAGAAUUGCCGGCACGAGCACCUAUCAGCUGCUUACGCCGGAUAUGCUGCCGGAUAGCUCAAGCUUGGAGGAUGAGGAUGAGGAGCAAUUCAAUGCAUUAAUUGACGACACAAAUUGCCCGGCAGCAAUUGUUGAUGGUGUUGCAGCUGCCACGGCUGCAACCAGCAACGCAACAACAACAACAACAACACGAGGCAGUUCAUCAAUGCAUCAACCACCAAGCGACGUUGCUGCUGCAGUUUCACCUGUCGCCGUUGCCGUUGCUAAUGAACUCUUGUUGCAGGCGUGUGCCGCACAACAACAACAACAGCAGAGGCAACAACAACUGAUCAAACAGGAAUACAGCGAGGGCGAUUUUGUGCAUGUCACCAGCAACAACAGCGCCAACUCUCCGCGCAAUUAACAACAGCAACAACAACAACAACAACAACAGUUACCACAGCAGUUGCUGUGCGCCGGCAUCUUACCACCCUUCUAUGAUCAGGAGACCGUCUCCAUCUAUGAUAAUAUUGUUGCUGGCCUGCCCAGUUUUAAAAAGGAGUUCAACGAUGUCCUGCAGGAUCACUCGACAUCCACAACACAUAAUGUGAGCGUCUGCCUAUCCGACGAGAGCAUGAUCGAUGCCAUCGAUUGGUGGGAGGCAGCUCAUACGCCCAAAUCGGAUGCAAGCACUGUCGCGGGCAUUUGA